AUAAAAAAUAAAAAAAAGAGAAAGUGAAUUCUCACAAAAAAGGGGAAAAAAGAUUGCAUGAAACUUAUUACUACAAUUAACUUUCAUUUUUCGCAUUAACCACUUACCACUAAUUAGUUAACAAUUAACAUAACUAACUACUUCACUACUGGGUUCCCUAAGAAAAUAAACAAUAACAAAAGAACAUGCAAAUCUCUCAAUUCUAUCACUACUCACCCCAUGCAACUCAAAACUAGAAUAAGGAUCUUGGGUUAAUUAAAAACAUAAAGUUAGAUAUUUAGUUAAAUGAGUAGAAUAGUUAAGAGAAAAAGGAUAUGAUUAAGACGAAAUUUAGAAUUAAGACUUUGAGUAGAAUAAAAAAUAUAAUAAUGUAAAAAGGAUAUGGCUAAGACGAAUUUCAGAAUUAAGACUUUGAAUUGUAUAGAGUCACUAUUAUAACGUGGGUAUGGGUAAUAAACCAUUAGUAGACUAAUGUAUUAAUCUAAUCCGUAGCACGUGCCCCUGCGCCAUGGCGCAUUCUUAUGGCCUAUUCAAGAUAGACUCACCCCUGGUAACCAUACGAGAUGGGUAUGGAUGGAUCAUCGAUGGACACUUCAAGCUAAUUCAUGUGCUAGGCAGAAUCCGCACACGUUUAAACGAACUAAGAGGUCACGAGACGGCUAGAUUAAAACGAUCUAUUAACUGGAUUGGGUCAGCUUGGAAAUGGAUUGCUGGCUCAUCUGAUGCUACGGACUGGGAUGAGGUCCUCCGAAACGAAAAUUCCCUUAAUAAAAAUAACGAGCAGCAGUACAAGGUGAAUGAUAAAAUUUUUAAGAAAACUAAUCAGUUAUUGCAGAGGCUCAAUGGCAUUGUGGUCGCCACCAAUGAUGUAAUCAACAAGAGGAACUUGGACAGGAUUUCUCAAGAAGUCCAGCAUAAAAUCUUUAUCCUGAAUGAAGACGUCAACAAACUGAUCCGUGCUUGUCAGAUGGCUAAGGCAGGAGUCGUCAACACCAGUCUUCUGAGUAUAGAGGAAGUUAACCAGCUUGUCAGUGAGAUCGACGUUCUACCAUACAUCAACGCCAUUGAAGCCAUUGAAUAUAGCAAACCAUCGAUCUACACCAACAACACACCUCUUAUACGUGUUGUCCCUACCAAAGGUCACAAAAGCUAGAUUUAAUCACCUGAUCGCAAGAGCUAACAUACAGAACGGCGUCCGAGUGGAAUUGGCAUAUCAAACAAUCCUGACCAAUAAACAUCAGACAUUCGGCAUCAAGGAACACUGCUUGCAAUUAUCUGCUCCCAUGAUCUGCGAAGGGAAAUCACUCGACCUGCUACCAGAAUCUAGUUGCCUGACUCGUCUUCUCAAGGGAGGACAAACAAGUUGUACUUAUGCCACCUGUAACGAUUCCACUGUUGAAAUCAUCAAGGAUGAUACCAUUUUCCAACAAUUCAAAUACACUUAAUGGUUCUUAUAUCCUCCAGAUGAACAAUGAGACCGUAGCUAUCAAUGGCAAAAACUACUCGAGUACUAGUAGAUCAGGAGUACAGGUGCUUCCACCAAUCUUGGCCAGCGUCACUAACCGCAGUGUGGUAAUUAACCUCAACCUGAUACACGGGAUGACAGCCCAUAAUAUAAAGCUCCUGGGAUACCUCAAAGAGAAAAGCAAUUGGUUUGCGUUCACCGAAGGUUUGGUGUUAGUCAUACUAAUGUUAUCCCUUUGGCAUAUUUGGAGAAGGAUUACGGCGAAGAUACACCUACCUGCAUUGAACAUUGACAACAAGGCUAAUUCAAAAACCGAAGAACAUCCAUCUAAUCUGCGGGACGCAGAUCUUUAAAGGGGGAGGAGUUAACACUUCCGCCGUCACCCAACAUGUUGCAUUCCCACAGUCCAGCAAUACACGUGCGCCAUGUCAGCAUAAUUGUGGUUCACAACAUAAUUGACAUCCUACACCUUUGGCAAGGCCAAGUGCAUUUCAUCAUAUCAUGCAAUAGCAAUAUUGCACAACGUUAUCAGACACCUAUGGGAACCGUCGGCCACAGUUAGUACCUCUGGCUAAUGCUUACGCAACUAUUAGUAUAACGGAGCCAAUGCAUUAGGCAUUGCAGCGGUGUCAGCAUAAUUUCAUUUCACACGGUUGUGAAAUCAGUGUGUUGCAUAUUCCAAGUUACCUGUGGGAAUUCAAGGCCAAGGCGGCUCACUGACGUCGCCUAUGUCUGGCUAUAGAACAACGACAGCGGAACAGGCUAUAAGGGGCGGCAGAACUAGGAUCAGCGGCAGUUGCAUCGGGGUGUUACUAUAGUCAAUUAGGCUUAUUUAUUUAUCUCAAUAAAGUACUUUUAUUAUAACGUUUAAUUUACCUCUUUUUAUUCCAGGGCAAGUUGGCCCUUUAAUUUUUUUGUUGUUCAGGACCUUCAGUCCUUAACUUGUAGGUACAUACGUACCUACCAUAUAAGU